AACUGCGGAAAAGAGCUUGAUGUAUCAAUUAUCAUCGCCUCAUCGGUGUUUCUGAGAGUGUAUAACGGUAAUACUAGAAACUAGAAAGCAGCCUCUCAUUACCAUUCUUGGAGUCUGUCUCGUUCGUUACUAUUAUUCACAGAAGAUCACAAAAAGGAGAGAGAGAUGAAGUUUCGAUACGCCAUGGUUUGUUCUUCGAAUCAGAACCGAAGCAUGGAGGCUCAUUCUCUCCUCAAGAGAGACGGCUUCGACGUGUCUUCUUACGGGACCGGAGCCCACGUUAAGCUCCCUGGUCCUUCCCUCAGAGAACCCAACGUCUACGACUUCGGCACCCCCUACAAGCACAUGUUCGAAGACCUCCGGCGCAAAGAUCCUGAACUUUACAAACGCAACGGCAUAUUACCAAUGCUUAAGAGGAACUUAGCUGUCAAACUUGCGCCACAGCGUUGGCAAGAGAAUGCAGCUGACGGUAGCUUUGAUGUGGUCUUCACUUUCGAAGAGAAAGUUUUCGACAUGGUUGUUGAAGAUCUCCACAACAGGGAUCAUGUCCUCAUGAAACCUGUGUUGAUAAUCAACUUGGAAGUAAAAGAUAACCACGAGGAAGCGGCCAUAGGAGCUCGACUCACUCUUGUUUUGUGCCAAGAGAUCGAAGCAACUGAAUUUUGGGAGGAUUCGAUUGAUGAGAUUGUGGCUAAUUUUGAGAAGCAGCAUCGGAGGAAGCUGUUGUAUAGCAUCUCCUUCUAUUGAGGAUCCCAUGUCUACAGUGGUAAAUUGAAAGCACUUUUGCACCUUUAUGCAGCUUAGUAAAGAACUCACUUUUGUUACAAGAUUAACCAGUUGGCUGCAAAGUUGAGCAUCAAGCUCCUAAGAGUAUCUCUAAAAAACAAGGUGCAUUUGUCAAGAGUAGAAACUCUAUCUUCAUACUUCCGAAGAUCAAAUUUCUAGUCUCAGAUGAUGUUCUGGAUUUAAGUAUUGGUUGUAUGCAUUAUAUCAUGCCUUUGACAAUGUUUGGAUAUCACCUGGGAGGGGGGGAAUGCAGAACAAAAAGUUAGAUGUGGGAUCUGGGUGGCUGGAUAUUUAUCGCUUCCGAUGUUCUGGAAGAAUGACACUUUCUAUCCUUAUACUUUUGUCCAAAUUUAACUGUGGUCAUUGGCUAAGAUUAUUGUUGCUACUGAAGAUGGUUGCGUGCUUAA